AUGGAAAGGAUACGCCAACGCCGCAGGGAAGCGGUAGCUUCCAACGAACCUCUGACCCCGGAGGAGCUCGAGGCCUUGUACCGCGCGUCUCGACUCUCGAUCCCGACCGUGGCCCGCAUCCCCGCUGCCUCGGCCCUCUCCUUCAUGACCGGCAUGGGCCUGGGCCUCGUGCAGGGCAGCAAGAUGGCCGGCUUGCGUUUCCGGGCUGAGCACGCGCACAAGCUGCCGCAGACGACGACGGGCUGGUACAUGUACCACAAGAGCAAGAACUAUCAUGUGGCCCUCGGCGGCGUGCGCGAGGGGCUCAAGAUGGGAGCGCGGGUCUCGGUCUGGACGACGGCCAUGUUUUGCAUCGAGGCCAUGUUCGACAACUACCGGGGCUCGACGGAUUUUGUCAACACGGUCCUCGCCUGCGUUAGCGUGGCCGGCGGUUUCAGUCUCUGGAAUCGUCUUCCACUCGUAAUGGCAGCUCGAACGACAAAGACGGCUUUGGGAGUGGGCCUUAUUUACGGCGGUCUCCAAGACCUGGCCGGUAUCGCCAGAGGACGCCACAUUGGCUACGUGGACUACAUUCGAAAGACAAUGCUGGGUGGUGGGGAUGAAGCGAGAGGUCCAGCGUCUCGCAGAGCCGCAGCAGACCGAAGACAGAGUCUCCAGGGCAGCACAGAGGCCCCACAACAGGCGCAACCACAGCCAACAGGGAGGGCAGCCCAGAGCCAGGGGCCCUCUGGCGCAUGGAAAUUCGCGGUGAUUGAGUUCUCCGUCAAGGCCGCUAGCGAUGGGGACCGACAGGGCCACUCGUGGGGUUUGGCUUGGUGCGAUUUCCAAUUCCUUGUCCUGGUGGCGUCUCCCGAGCGAAAUCGCACCAAGACAUGCCAGCCAAGCUUAUCAGCGCCCGGCUACGAGCGGCUUUCAUGGCGCCGGGGCACAAUCCAGUGGUCCCUUGAUGGUUUCAUCAUUGAUAAUACCUACCCUCCAAGGCUUUUAUCUGAAGGCGAGAAGAAAGUCCCCACCGUCGAUGAUGUACCUGUCUCACCUUGGGAAUAUGGUUGUGUAACAUGUUUUGAUCUCGCAUCCUACUACAACGUGAUGCUCAACCUUGUCAUUGCGCGACUCAUCGGGCAACUCAUACCUGGGCCACCCACCCGAAUCGUAGGAAAGGAAGACAACAAGAGAUAUGGCGCCGACAUCAGCAACGGCAGUGACUUCCAUCUGCAGGAACCCGCUGCAGUCGGGGCAGAGACCUGUCCUCGUCGCCCUCCUCUCCGCCAACAGCCCCAUCGCUCCCACAUGCACGAUAUCAUCGAGCAGGAUACGAAAGCACAUCUCGUCAACAACACCGCGACGGUCAGCCUCGACCGCCUCCUCAUCCCGGUCGAUCCACUCAUCGUCUACCAACCGCACCGCAUCCGCGCUCCUGACCCCGGACCCCGCCGCAUCAUCCACCGCCGAGAUGCCCGCCGCCAAGGCCCCUGCGCCGCUCUCCGUCCUGCCGCUGACGGCCGUCCUGCGCUCCCUCGCCACGACGACCGUCUCGUCCUCGCGGCUCCUCCUCCCGCCCUCCCUGGCCGCCAUCGCACCUUCUACGCCCAGUUCUGCGCCGGCGAGGACCCGGCCGAGGUGCGCCGGACCAUCGACGGGCUCAAGCGCAUGGGCUUCUCGGGCGUCAUCCUCGGGUACGCCAAGGAGGUCGUCCUGUCCGAGGAGCAGCGCAAGGACCUGGCCAGCAGCCAGACGGGCGAGGCGGCCGAGGACUGCGUCAGGAACGAGAUCACGCCCUGGGCCGCGGGCACGAUGGAGACGGUCAAGCUGGCGCAGCCGGGUGACUUUGUCGCAUUGAAGUUCACCGGCGCGGGCCGACAAGCCCUCUACAACCUCGCCGAGCGGCUCCCGCCCUCCAAGGCCCUCGCCGACGCCAUCGACGGCAUCUGCACCCUCGCCGCCUCCCGCGGCAUCCGCCUCCUCUUCGACGCCGAGCAGCACGCCCUGCAGGCCGGCAUCGACGACUGGACGCUCGAGUACAUGCGCCGCUUCAACACGGCCGACCGGGCGACCAUCUACGGCACCUACCAGGCCUACCUCAAGCACGCGCCCGCCGUCGUCUCAGAGCACCUGCGCAUCGCCCGCGACGAGGGCUUCACGCUGGGCGUCAAGCUGGUCCGCGGCGCCUACCUCGGGUCCGACCCCCGCCAGAUCAUCCACGACACCAAGGCCGACACCGACGCCUGCUACGACGGCAUCACCGAGGCGCUCCUGAGGCGGGAGUGGAACGCGCCGCUGACCAGGCCCGCCGACGGCAACGGCGCCUUCCCCAACGUCAACAUGGUGCUGGCGUCCCACAACGCCGACAGCGUCAAGAAGGCGCGCGCCCUGCUCGAGUCCGGGCUGCGCGGCACCGAGGUCGCCUUUGCACAGCUGCAGGGUAUGGCCGACGAGGUCAGCUGCGAGCUCGUCGCCACUUCCUCGAACGGCGCCGGGUUCGCCGAGACCAGCGCCGGUGAGGCCCGGGCCCAGACGACGGGCGUCGGCGCCGUCGAGCCCCUGGGGCGGCCGCAGGCGUACAAGUACCUGGUCUGGGGCUCCACGGGCGACUGCAUGAAGUACCUGCUGCGCCGUGCGUACGAGAACCGCGACGCCGUGCAGCGGACAAGGGACAGCCGUGACGCCAUGCGUGCCGAGCUGUGGAGGCGGCUGAAGGGCGUGUUUGGGCUAGGUGCUUAA